GCCGGUCGCGCACCCUCUCGUCCAUCCGGUACCGCGAUGAUCAGUGAGCAACGUGAUCGACGUGUCCCGGGAACCGCGCGAGGCCGACUCCGGCUGUUGACUGGCGCCGUGCUGCUGUCCACGAUCGCGGGAAGUGCAUGGACCGACAACCCCGCCGUUGCAUCCGAGGGACCGAGCUUCAGCGCGCCAAUAACAAACGUGACAGUCCCAGUGGGAAGAGAAGCUAUCCUCUCCUGCGUCGUGGCGAACCUUUCUACGUACAAGGUGGCAUGGCUGCGGGUGGACACGCAAACCAUCCUGACGAUAGCCAAUCACGUGAUAACGAAGAAUCACAGAAUCGGCGUCACGCACAGCGAGCACAAAACGUGGCUCCUACAUAUACGUGAUGUCCGCGAGAGCGACCGGGGGAACUACAUGUGCCAGAUAAACACUGACCCGAUGAAGAGUCAGAUUGGUUAUUUGGAGGUCGUAGUUCCGCCGGAUAUUCUGGAUUAUCCUACGAGUACGGAUAUGGUGGUGAGAGAGGGUAGCAACGUUACACUGCGUUGCGAAGCAACAGGGUCACCGACGCCAAACAUUACCUGGAGGAGGGAAGACGGCGAGUUGAUUAUUCUCGGAAACAGUCAGGAAGUGGCCAGCAUUGACGGACCUGUCUUCAAUAUCACGAAAGUGAACAGGUUGCAGAUGGGAGCGUAUCUUUGCAUCGCGUCCAACGGCGUACCGCCAACGGUCAGCAAGAGAAUAAUGCUCGUUGUACAUUUUACUCCAAUGAUUUGGAUCCAGAACCAAUUAGUGGGCGCUCAAGAAGGCCAGCAAAUGACGUUGGAAUGCCAUUCCGAGGCGUUUCCCAAAUCCAUCAAUUAUUGGACGCGCGAGAACAACGUCAUUAUAGCAAAUGGGGAGAAGUACGAGCCAUCCUUCUCGGACAAUGUGUACAAAGUGCACAUGAAGCUGAUGAUACGUUCGGUCGCGAUGUCCGAUUACGGCAGCUACAAAUGCAUAUCUAAGAACUCCCUCGGCGAAACGGACGGCAGUAUCAAGCUCUAUCACAUACCAACGCCCACCACGGAACCGACGACGACGAGCACAGUGCCCGUUCCUACCACCGUGGAUCCAGUGGAGAAUAUCCAGUGGUCGCGACAAAAGCCCGUGCCCAGUCUGGAGCCGAGUUCUAAUGAAAUAACCGACGCAUCUUUGUCGACCGUCGUGAGAAGCGAAGAAACGCGACUCCGCGGCAGACCGAGCCACGAGGAGGGCCACGAAGCCGAGAACGUCAUCGACACUGAUAGCCACAAAAGCGUCGACAGUGACGUCGGGCAGCGAAGAAUCGACAACACGGCGCAAUCGAUGUCGUCGAAAAGCAGCACGUGGCACUGCCUGACCCGAUCCAGCGCGGCGAUUUGCAUAAUCGUGCUCUCCGCCCUGUCGUAGUCACCGCGGAGUGAGGAUGAUUGAGUCCGGAUAUCCUUCCAGCUGCAGCACAAAUCCUGCAAUCUUUCCUUAACCGCAAGGGAUCAAUCAACCGGCGAAUAGUGUUAGAUUCAUCGAAGGAUCUCCGUCACUUAUUGACGGCUGAACAGGAAAGACGAUUAUCAAUUGGGACUAUGAAUUUUUAUUUUACCUUCAUUAGAGAUUGGCGACAUAUAUUAUUUGUAUUAUAGAUCGUUAUGAUAAAUUGUACCGUCCCUUUUUUUCUUUCGUUCAAUUUUUUUAUGUUACAGCGCAAGGAUGGCAUUUGGCAAAAAGUUGAAUUUAUUACAAUUAUUUAACAAAAUUGACAUUUAUUUUGACAUCUUUCACACAAAUCAGUAGGUUACAAAAAGAACAGGAUGGAAAUUUUUUAAUGGCUCAUCUUGGGUAUAUAUAUCUUCAAAAAAAGGGAAGAAAGGGGAAAGUAAAUUAAUUAUUUACAUACUGCAACAAAAGUCACGGAAAAUCUCAGAAAAUAUAAAUUUGAUAAAAAAUUACAAAAAUUUUGACUUACUUGCAACAUACAAGCAUCAGUUACUGAUCAAAAAUAAUAAAUGUAAUUCGAGCGAUAACUUAACAUAUUGACUGCCGAAUAUGAGUAAACUCAUAGGCGAUAGAUGGACGCGAGCUAUUCGCCGAUUUGAUGUUUUAAAAGGAUGAAUAAGAAUUUGAUUGUGAGUUUUGAUAAAGAAUAAAUAUAAACAAGUAGUAUAUUAAAAUAACAUGCUGAUAUAAAAAUGGCAUCGAUUAUAGAGUUACUUAAUUGUACAGUGACAGUCAACGUGUAAAAAUGUCUGCGUCGCACCAAUGUCAACGUUAUUUUAUUCGUUUAAGUUGAUCGUGUGUUUACCUUUCAUUUUUAUCAAAGAUCUUUUUAUAAAGGAUUGAUAACACAGGUUUACAAAAUUUUACUUAUUUUCUGCGGUCUUGAAAAAAAGAGUUGUUUUCUAUAGUAUUUUGUAUGCUGAAUCCGAAUCCGCAAGCAAAAAUGUUCGAUUACGUCAAGUUUACUAGAAAAAUGGGGCUUCUAAAAAACAUUUCUGACCAUUUUUGAAGAUUUGUAGCUAAACCCGAUGUCCAAAAGAUUUUUAAAACGAUUCAAAUUAAAGCUCGAACAUUGUAUUUUAAUAUGAGAAUGUCAAAAUUUUUACCACAAUUUUUGUUUUUAAACCUUUAAAAAUAAAGGGUUUAAGGUUUGAUGGUCUCUGCGGUAAAAAAUUUGACAUUCUUAUAUUAAAGUACAAUGUUCAAGCUUUAAUUUGAGCUCUUUUAAGAGUUUUUUUAUCGGGUUCGUCAGUGUAUCGUCAAAAAUGGUCAAAAACGCGUUUUUAGGGGAUUCAAUCUCAUUUUUCUCGUAAAUCUGACGCGAUAAAGCAUUUUUGAUUGCAAAUUCGAAUUCUGCGGACAAAAAAAACUAUAGAAAACUAUUUUUCUCUUCCAGACCGCAAAAUCAUGCAGACUUGUGUAAUCAUUCCAAAUCUCUUCGAUGUGUCAGCGGAUUUCCAAAGCCAUCGGGUGUAUCCUAGAAAUGACGACGACGUGACGACCAUUUUCCUUAUCUGAUUCCACCGUCACCGCUAAAUCCUUCUCUCCAAUCUUUUUUCUAUCGGCAGAAAGGCUUUCAGGUCGUGCGCAUCGUUAGCGAAACGAGAUCUCCCAAUUUCCCUCAAAGAGAGGUCGGCUGAUUUUUCUUUUCGUGUGUGGGUGGCUUAUCGGAAAGAUUUCAUACUCACAUCCGAAUCAUAAUUAUAUUGAUAGAAAAUCGAUUAUGGGGGGCAGUAUUUUUAAAAAAAUUUGAAGAAGUAUUUACGUGUCGCAUUUUUUUUUUAUUUAUAGGUACAUGUCAAAAAUUUAUUUGUCACAUUUUCGUUCCACGGAUAAACAAAUCUCUGAAGUAAAAACUAUUAUAAAGAACAUAUAUCAGACUUGAAACAGACAUGGACAAAUUUUUCUUGUAAGAUAUGUAUUGCUUGUGUUUCCAUCGUUUAUCCAUAUCGUUUUUAGAUUCGAUCAAUAAGUAACUGUCGCCAGUGAUUUGCGUGAAUGCGUAGAAAUUUGUAUUGAGAUGUUUAUAAUGUGAUUUAAUAAUAAUUUGAAAUAUUAAAAUAUUAUUUAUUGAUAUUUACACCGAUUUUGCAUAGAAUCUCAAUACUUGUGAGCAUAAAGCCCCUGAGAAUUGUUUUCAUGCAGCUGACGUUUUAAUUUUACUUACAAAUAUAGAGAAAAUAGAAUAGUUAACCUUGUGCACUUUACGCUCCCUAAGUAGUAACACGUUAACUGAAGGAAGUCCAGCCCCAUUUUAAUCACAGAGCCAUUAUAUAUUAAAUCGCUCGCCACUAGUAAAAUAUUAAAGCACGAAUCGGUUUAUGGCUUGUGGAUCAUGCAUGGACGAUGAAGCUCCAAACGUUUCCUGUGUCCGUCAUUUGUGAUUGACGCAGCAAUCAGUAUGUUAACGUUUAUCGCGAUGCACUGGCAAAUUUUAAAAUUAUUAUAAGACAUCCUCCGAUCGAUCGUUUUUCAUUGUGACAAAAAUGCCACAGAUCUGUUCUAGUCAUAUCUCUAUUCAAAUGUUAUUGUCAGUGCAGAGGGUUAAUCGAUCUAUAAAGCUAAAUGUAUAAAUUAGUAUGUAAGCGUAGAAAUUAGCGUGCGAUGUGUGCGAAAGUACACGAAAAGUGACUCUCGAAUACGGUGCAUGGAAUUGCAACGAAGCAACCGGGACUUGUAAAUUUUCCGAGGAUUAAUCACUUGCAUAUAUUUGUAAAUAAUAUUAUACGACCGUAUGGAUAUUUCCAUAAUAUUAUCGCUGUACUAAUUGUAAGGAUUGAUAAGGACACGGUUUUGUAUAUAUUAAGUCCCCUCGAACGCGUAUAAGAUAAGAGUGUGAGUAGUUGUCGACGUUUUUAUAUAUGUGGACGUUUCUGCAAAUGAAGUUAUCGUAUCCCUGACACGUUAUCAGGACGAAAUUCCAGAUGAGAGAAAUAUCUGAUCCUCCUUGCGUUAUUCUACCAAUUAAGACUAAAUCGCAGUGAAUACCAUUUUGAGUUUUACAACGGAAAACGUAACGUUCCUACGUAGUUACGUGCAAUCAAGUGUGGUUGUUAAGCUACUCUUUAAAAUAUAAUAAUUAAUUUACGUAUAAAAAAGAUUUAUAUUAAUAAACCGAAAUUAGUAGAGGAAAGUCCCCUAUUAUGAGAUAUCACAUCUAUUUUGCGUGAUUGCCGGAAGUUUAUGUGUAGAAUUGAAAAUGUAGUAGGCGAGUGCACGCACGAUCGUAUAAUGAAUUUUCCACUAAAUAAGUUUUACUCUAAGAGCAAUAAGUUCGUGAUGAAACCAACAGAUAGAACCUAUUAUUAGUUUAGCAGAAACCUCGCUAUCGCAUAUUAGGAGCCAAUCUCAUAAUAGGGGGCUUUCCUCUAAUUUUCUCGCCAAAAAUAUGUGAAAUAUUUUUGCGACAUAUUACUUACAAUUUUCUUAUUAAUACUGUUAAUGUAAUUCGAUAUCAAUUUGAAACUCGCGGUUCAGAAAGAGCGUCUGCAAGCGCGCCCUUGUACCGCGCAUGACAAGCUUUACGAGCUUUCGAAAAAAUGGCGAGUUGUUUGAAAUAUCAGGUGAUCAGGACUUGUACACUGCAUUUAUGGACGUGAAAAAAUUCAACGUCCGCUCAAUAAUACAAUCGAGUUUUGAAAAUUAAUUUAAGAGUAUUACACACUCUACAAUCAAUUCACAAUUCUACAAUUAAAUCACUUGAUAUGAACGAUGUAUGUCACAACUCUCAGGAGCUCCUGGAAUCCAGAUGUAAAUAUUAACUACAAGAUUACGCGUACUGUAAAGUGAAUGCAAUCGUUGUAAAUAAUUCCAGCAAGCUUUAUAUGUUGUUAUAAGGUGAUGCACGAUCUAUCAUUUCGUAUUAUUUACUUAUUUGAAAUAUAACUGAACGCGUGCAUAUAUUUCUUACGAAUAAUAUUAAUUAAUCGAGAAUUUCAGUUCUUUUUAGUUUUCUUAUAUGUACAUCAAAUUUCAAAAUUAUAAAUAAUAUUUAAAAAUUUAAUGCCUGCAAUUGAGAGCAUCUAAGAUUGACAUAAAGUCUAAAGUAUAAUGUGUGUCGUAUUCAUUAAAUAAAUUAUUAAUUAAAUUCGGGUAAAUAUCGUGUAUCAUUUAAAUCCAGAUUUUCGUUAGCCGUAGCGCCUGUCGAUGAAAGAAAGAUCAAUUUGAGUGAGCUUAUUGCAGCUUUAUAGACAUUGAUAUUCACAGAAUGGCUUUAAAUGAAACUUCAUAGAUGAAAAAAAUCCCGAAACGUAUUGUAAAAAGAAUUACGUUUGUUUUCAUUAACGUAAUAGUAGAAAUGAAUCAUGUUGUAACUGGAUGAGCGAGUGCAAAUGGAAUGAAUAAAUAUCGAAUGUUCAAUGUACUUUGUACAAAUCCUAUUUCAGUUUUAUUGAUUUAUAAAUUUCGGUUCUUUGAUAUAGAGCCUUUUGUAAUAAAAUUAAUUAAAUAAUUUAUUAAAUAAAUAGCAUAAAAUUAUUCUGUAUUACUCAAUACAAAUCAAUAUUUAUAGUCAAUCAAUUUAUCUCCUUCGCUUAUAUUAUUUCUUCUUAAGAAUAUAAUUUGUCUGCAUUGUUGCAUUUAAUUGUAUAGCGAUUAUUUGCGACUGAGAUAGAAUUGUAAUUAACUUGUUCCGCUCCUUUUUAAGAUUAUAAUCUUAUCCGUACUGUAGAAAGAUAUAAAUAAAGUUGGAGUU